AUGACAGUAGAAGAUCAGACGAGCACCUUGCUUGCCACGCUGACCACCGCACUGGAGUCUGCGGCUUCAGCAUUCCCCGACACAGAGCAACAGUUCCUCCCGCCCGGUGAAGGCAUUUCUCUCCUCGAUAUCAAGAAUGACCUCCUGCUCUCAUACCUGCAAAACCUUGUUUUCUUGGUAGUCCUCAAACUGCGAAAUGGCUACAGCGAGGACUCUGCCGAUAUAACCUCCGACGUGGUGAAAAAGCUGGUCGAGUUAAGAAUCUACCUGGAAAGAGGCGUGCGCCCACUCGAAAGCAAGUUGAAAUACCAGAUUGACAAAGUGGUGCGGGCAGCGGAAGAAGCCGACCGGCGCACCGCCCGAAAGGUGACGGCGAAGCAAAAAUCAAAGGAGCCCACAACGAAAGAGCUCGCGGGCGAUGUAUCGGACGAAUUUGACUCAGACACCGCAGAAUCAGACGACGACCACGAUGCGCAAGAGAAAGACGUGACAAAUGCCGACUUCUCAGCGGCGCCGAGACCAGCUGCUCUUCUACAAAGUGCAGGCGCAACGAGGAAAGAAGGCGCAACCUCGAAAUCACCAUCUACGGCAUCUGGCGCAUACAAGCCACCACGUAUUACACCCACGGCAAUGCCCGUACCUGCCACACAGAGAGAUCGCGAUGCUCCCGCACGAAAACGCAAGUCGCAUCUCCUGGACGAGUAUAUCGACGAGGAACUAUCGACAGCACCUCGCGCUCAGCCCUCCAUUGGCUCUAACCACACGAUCGUCAAACAUGGUCGUGGCGCCAUGUCGACCCGUGACCGGGAGAACGAACGGGAAAGAGCCGAUUAUGAGGAACGCAACUUCGUCCGACUUCCCGCAGAGAGCAAGGCCGAGAGAAGGAAGGCAAGACUUCGAGGUGAGGCCGACAGCCGGGAUUUGUUUGGUGGCGAGGACUGGACAGGUCUCGGGGGCCUUGGCGAUCGGAUCAACAGGACUGUGGCUGGACGGUCGAGAGAUGAGGGAACAAGCUUGCUGGAACGGAGGCAGAAGAGAGGGAGGGACACGCAAGAUGGACCGAGAAGAGAUGGUGUCGGUAUUGGUGAAAGCUUUGAAAAGCGAAGGAAAGUCAUGCAGCAGAGGUUGGACAAGAAAUCCAGAAGGAAGGGCUGA